AUAAACAACACGAAAAAAUUAUUAGGUUAGCCUCAAAGUUUAAUUAAAGUUAUCUUUUUAAAAUGAAGACCUCGCGAGCCAAAAAAGCCCGGAAGACUCUUGGAUUUUAUGUGAAUAAUUAUAAAUUUCAUCAACCUUUUCAAGUCCUUAUUGAUGGUACAUUUGCAUUUGCAGCAUUACAGAACAAAUUUAACAUACAAGAGCAACUUGCAAAGUACUUCCAAUCUGAAACAAAGUUGCUAACAACAGCAUGUAUCAUCUCGGAAACUGAAAAACUUGGUAUAUUCUCUCCAGCAGUUAACGGUGCUACACAAAUCGUGAAACAGUACGUUAUACACAGAUGUGGACACGAAAAGAAACCAAUAAAUGGCUCAAAAUGUUUUUUAUCUAUGAUAGGAAAAGAUAAUAGUACAAGAUACAUUGUUGCAACGCAAGAUCGUGAACUUCAAGAUAAAUUGAGGAUAAUUCCGGGAGUUCCAUUAAUUUAUUUACAUGGAAAAGUACCCACACUAGACUCUCCUUCAGAGGCGAGCCGUAAACAUGCUGAAGCUGUACAGAAAGGUUUAGGUAUGUCUACAUGGGAAAAAGAAAAUGCAAAAGUAUUGCGAAAGCAAGCAGGGCUAGAAGAGAAAGAAACUAAAUUGAAGAAGAAAAGGAAAAAGGGAGGACCAAAUCCGCUUAGUUGUUUGAAAAAAAAGAAAAAACCUGAAACAAUAUUGAAGAAAAAUGGUACAAAGUCUGGCAAGGUCAGAAGAAGAAAAAUUAAAAUAGCGCCACACAUUAAAGAGGCUCUACUAGCAGAAUUGAAGAAUAAAAGUACAUAAAAUUAUACGCGUGUCGUGCAAAUUUUGAUCAUGUAUUCUGUGAAUACAACAUAUAAAAAGUAAAAUCGUUAAAAAAUUAAAAACUGGGAAAACAAAAUGCUUUUUUUCAUUCAAUAUCUUAUUGACUUGAAAAAAUAAUUAUAUAGUUAAAAACGUUACUAAGCAUGCACGCACAUGUAUAUAUAUACACACAGGGUGUUUCUUAAAGUCCGCUCAUCAUAUGAUACCACCCAUGAUAUGAAAACUGAAUUUUUUAUCAGAAAAGUCCUCUACUAUUUUACAACUUUUGUAAUAAUUAAUGAUUGGUCGGAUAUGCGGUUAUUUGGCAAUCUUUAGAAAUUAAUAUUUCGUUAACAUUGCGAAAAUUGUAGAGGACUUAUCAACUCAGUUUUUGAUCAGGAAUAGCACUAUAUGAUUCGUGGACGGUCUUCAGAAAGAAACACCCAGUAUAUACUUUUAUGAUAAGAUUUAAAUAGAUAUCAUAUUUCUUAAGGUCACCACACAUAAAUAAAUUUUAGUUAUAACUAUAAGACCAUAAACAUAUCGACUAAUACAAACAUUCUCACAGCUGUGUAUUC